CUUAUCCAAACAUGUCUAUUGUUUACUUACAAUAGACCGCCGCUAAUUAGAUGUGCUGACGAGUAAGAACUUCAAUGACGCAAACAAAAACUGUGGAGUAACAGUGAUCGACCAGAUGCGAAGCUUUCUUUUACUGAUACGUAGAUAAAUCAAUGCACACUUAAAGGUAAACCCAAACAGCAUUGCGGAAUCGACAUUCGGAGAGUAAUGUUGAGCAGUCAAGUAUCUGCGGUAUAAUCCAUGGCGUCCUAGCACAUAAAUCAUCUGGGUCCUUGGACGAGAAUGAGGAAACUUACGUCGAGGCUGCCUAGCUUGGCGCCGCUGUGCUUUUUCCUCAUUUCGGUUGCGUACAAGUUGGCAUGGACAGCCAUCUCCUCGUUGCUCAGUCAGUACAGCAAGGUCUACGGGCCCGGCAUCCUGCUGCAGCUGAACGUCGCCUACUUCUUCCCCAGCAUCCCGGUGCUGAUGCUCCAGACCGCCUUCAACGACCGCAUGGACCGCCGCCUCGGGCUCCCGGCCGGCGCCCUGCUGCGCCUCACGCUGGGUCUCGGCGGCUUGGUGGGCCUUACGCGCUUCUUCCCGGUGCUCACAGCGGGCUCCGAGCGCGCGCUGCUGGCUACGACGGUGCUGGUGGGCAUGUCGUACGGCAUUGCCUUUGGGACGUCGUACCAGGUGGCCUCCAAGUACGCAUCUGGGGCAACAGUGGCGCUGACCACGGGCUUCGUUUCCAGCGGUCCGGUGGUUUUGCUUCUGGACCUCGCCCUCAAGCGGGGGCCCUACUACUCACCGGAGGGACUAGAGACGCUGUUCAAGUGGGUCGCCGGAAUCACCGCAGCAGGCCUAGCUGCCGCGGCCGCUCUGGUCCUGGGCAGCUGGAGGAUGCUGGCAGCGGGAGGCGGCCCCGGCGCCGCGGGGGCGCCUCCCCGUGUCGAGAUUAAAGUACUGCACCGCAGUAACCCCUCGACACAAUCCUCGGGGUACGGCAUCUCAGCUGCCAGUGGCGGCACUUCCGGCCUGGCUGACAAGGAGUAUGCCGUACACGCGUCAGAACGCUCGUCCAUGCGCCCGUACGUACGACACAGGAAUGAAAAUACGGCAGCCGGCACGUACGCGGCGUACAGCAGCAGUAGCGAUUCGCCGUACGCGGCGAGUGGUGGCGUCAGCAGUGGCGGGCCAACACCGACCAGUGGGACGGGGGCGGUUAACGGUUUCCACAACCACCGGGGAUCGCAUGGAGGUAUGGGCAGCGGUAACGGGCAUCAUGCCAUUACGCUGGAGUUUGCAGACGCGCAUGGCCGCAGUCAUGCUGCAGAGGCAGCUGGAGAUGGGUCAGCCAGCAGCGGCGGACAUCACAUAGAGUUCUCUGCAGAUGAGAGCAAGACCGCCAGACGCGACCUGCCGCUGCUGCGUCUGGCCGCCCGCAUCCUGCCCGCCGCCACCGCCAUCUCCAUCAGCGUGGGCACCUCCAUGCUCAUCUUCCCCUUCUUCACCUUCAUGCACUCCACGGGGCUGCUGGGGAUACGGCUGCCGCAGGUGCUGUUCUACAUCCGGCUGGUGGGGGACAUCGCUGGGCGCAUGGUGCCCAGGCGGCUGCAGGUCACCACCGUGCGGCGGCUGAUGCUGUGGGCCGCUGUGAAGCUGGCGCUGGUGCCGCUGCUGUUCGGCUGCAUCUUCGUGCCGCACCUGACGGGCGGCGACGUGGGGGCCAUGGCGGUUGUUGCCGUGUUCUGGGUGCUGUCCGGCUACCUGAACACCUGCUCCUACCUGGUAGCUCCCACCCUGGUACCGCCCAGCCAGAAGGCCCGCGCCUCAGGCCUCAUGACCGUCGCCUUCCAGUCCGCGUGUUUCGGAGCGCUGCUGCUGGCGGCCGUCAUCCAGCAGCUGAAGUUGGGCGAGGGGCUGGCGCAGGGCAUCCUGGCGCAUGGAGUUGUAGCGCAUGCGGUGAAUGCGGCGGCGGUUGAGGCGGCGGUGGUGGGUGCAACGGCGGCGGAGGGGUCUGCGACGGCGGUGGAGGCGGUGGUGGCGGCAGCGGUGGGGGAUGUGGCGGGUGGCAUGGAGGUGGAGGGGAUGCAAUAGGGUAUGUGUGCAAUACGACGGUAGCGGCAUUGGGUUGAUGCCAUCUAAUAGCCGUCCGCUGGCCUUCUUCUUCACACGGCAGGUUAGGCAGGCUUUGCGCGGGACGGUCCCCUCCGCCAGUUAUCUAAUCCCCUCCGCCAUCGGUGCUUCUUGUCAAUGGGGUUGGGCAGGAAAGGGCGUUGGGUUGGUCGGUUGGGGGGCGGCUGGGUGCUUUGUACUUGGGGGUGCUCAUGUCAUUCAGGUGCCGUUACUUGUGAAUAGCUUGAAGCGUUGGCAGUGUGGUUCUGAUCACCUGAGGGAGUGAGGGGGUAAAAUUAAGUAAGUGAAGGGGGACUUUGCGCGUGGCUUCCGUUAUGCACGCGGGUAGCAUACUGUGUACUGGCACACUGGUGGCGGGCUGGUUGUGUGGACGGAGAACUGUUAGGCUUGGGUACCGCAGUGAAAGCGGGCCGACGGCGCAGAGCCGGCAGAGGAGCCUCGAGACGUUGCAUGCAUGCGAUUGCGGGUGUGCGAUCCAGGUUACUGGGAACUUGCUGGGCUGGGUGUGGGACUUGUUGCAUGGGGGUGUGUUGCCGCAUACGGGGAUAUGCAGAAGUAUGGGGUAUCAUGUUUUCGAGACAUGCAUGGUACAUAUAGAGGUUGUUAGGGCUUUCCCAGAGGUGUUUGCUGUUUGCAACAGCAGAAGCGCGUUCCAGAACCCUCCCGCCCGCAAAGGGCUGGGUCUUGUUCACUUGUAUCGACCGGAAAG